UUUGUAACAUUCCCAUAAUUUUUAAUGUGUAGAAGAUGUAAAAUUCGAUACAUUUAUAAAUCAAAAACAUUAGUUUAAUGCUGAAAUAAUGAUUACUCCCCUUUUACUACAGAGGUCAAUGCUUGUCAUCGAUCGGUUAGCGUAUUAAAUAGCGGUUCACAUGUGCUAACGGUGACAGACCUGUUCGUAGUGAGACAUGGCUCUGCAACGGCUGGGAUGUACGGCGUGUAUCUGCCUUCAAAGACAGUACAUACGACAGGGAUGUUCCUGGCAAGCUAUUUCUUCAAGGAGGAGAGCUCACAGUCACAAACUCAUCAACCCUGAGUUUCCUGACAAUCGGUUUACAACUGUGUACAGAGAUAUACAUGGGUCGGUGGAGGAUUCUUCUACUGCUAAGGACUUCAUUUUUGCCCUGAAGCCCCACGAAAGAUCUCUUCUAUUUAACGAACUGAAGACUUUUGAAAGUGAAAACGAAAGUACUGCAGGUCCUACAGAAGUACAUCCUCCCACCUCAGGACAGCUGAAGAAAG